AUGUCAGCUUACGAGUACGAGCGGGACUAUCCCCGCCGGUACGUUCGCGAGGAGCGCCGCGAAGAGCGUGACCCUCGCUAUCUCGAGACCCGCGAAUGGCGCACAUCGCACCGCGAGCUUGUCCCACGCGAGCCUCGCCGUGAGGACAGUGACCUCUCCGUCGAGGAGAUCCGCAGGGAGUUCCCGCCACCCUCCGGCAGCCGCGACAUUCGGCGAGCCCGCUCGGCCGAGCCGUACUACGACGAUGACUACUACGAUGACUACCGCCGAGACCGCGACUACGACCGUCGCUCGCGCCGGGGCAUGGGCAGCCGCACGCCCUCCUACUACGAGGAGGGGGGCCGCGAGCGCAAGUCCAAGCACAAGGCCAUGUCCAAGGAGGAGAAGAUCAUGGCGGCCGUCGCCGGUGCUGCCCUGCUGGCCGGUGGAAAGGAACUCUACGACCGACACGAGGCUAAGGAGGAGAGGAGCGACGUCCAGCGCAACAUGCUCUCGUCCGCGGCCCUCGCUGGUGUCGGUGCCUUUGCCGCCUACCAGGGCGCCGAGUUCUACAACAAGCAGCAGGCCAAGAAGGACCAGAAAGCGACCUACAUCCUGCACCGUGGCCGCGACGGCCAUGUGAGCGAAUACUACUCGGACGACGACGACGACAAGAAGGGCAACAAGAACUUCCUGGAGAGCGCCCUGGCGGCCACCGGCCUCGGCGCCGCCGUCAAGUCUCUGACGGGGGGCGGCGAUAAGGACGACCGGUCCGACACACGCAGCCGUCGGGGCUCGAGGUCCCGCUCGCGCUCUCGCGGCGACGGCGCCAACAAGAUGCAAAAGGCAGCCAUGGCGUCUCUGUUGGCCGGCGCCACCGAGGCCUUCCGCGUCUCCAGGGAGCCUGGCAGCUGGAAGGGCGAGAAGGCCAAGCGCGUCAUGACGGCUGCGGCCGGCGCAGCCACCGUCGACGCGGCGCAGGAUGCGGACCAUGGCAAGCUCGGCAUGGUACAGUCCGUCAUUGGUGGCCUGGUCGGCAACCGCCUCGUCAACGGCUCCAAGGAUGAAAUUGAGGAAGACAAGGCCACAGGACGCAGCCGCUCACGUUCGCGGGCCCGCUCCCGCUCCCGCUCUCACGAUGGCGGUGGCGGCGCUGGCUUGGCCGCCCUCGCCACCGCCGGUCUCGGUGCUAUCGGUGCCAAGAAGGCGUACGACGCUCACCAGUCGCGGUCGCGGUCACGCAGCCGCCGAGGAGGCGACGACGACGACGACUACUACUCGCGAGAUGGCUCGCCUGACCGCCGUCGCAACCGGAGCCGCAGCCGCAGCGUGGUGGACAAGGCUCGCAACAGCCUGGCCAAGCUGGGCAUUGGCAGCGCAGCGGCCGGCGCUGCCGCCGAUGACGACCGCCGUCGCACGCAGGACGACUUUGAUGACCGGGUGUCCUCGCGUCGCGCGCGACGCUACUCGGAUGACAUGUACGACGAUGCCCCUCGCUCGCGCCGCGGGGGUGAAGCGCGCGACUACUACGACGAUGAGCGUUCAUACCGCAGCGGACGCCGGGACAGACGGGGAGGGGGCCGGUCCGACUACACGUCCGAGUCGGACCUAGGAGACUCGUCGGACGAUGAGAAGCAGGCGAAGAAAAUGAAAGGUAAGCAAAUCCUCAAAACGGGUCUCGCAGCCGUCGCCACGGUCCACGCAGCACAUGAGGUGUACCAGAGCAUGGAGAAGAGAGCCGUGCGGCAAAAGGCCGUGCGGGAGGGGCGUCUGAGUCCGGCCGAGGCGCGCAAACUCAAGACCAAGGCGAUGAUGCAGGAUGCGGCAUCCAUCGGCAUCGCCGCCAUGGGCGUCAAGGGCGCCGUCGACGAGCUCAAACAGGCCAAGGAGAUGUCGCACGAGUGCAAGCAUUUCCAGGAGGAGAAGGCGCGCCGGCACGAGAAGCGCCUCCAGAGGCGCCAGAGGCACCAGAGCGUUGGCGGCUACCCUCGCGGACGGGCGGACAGCUGGGCGACCUCCGACCGACGAAGCCACUACGACGACGGCUAUGAGUCGGACGAUGACUACUACGACGACGAGCCGUGGUACUACGACGGGAAUCCGUAUCGUUCCAACACCUUGCCCGCGCCCUCCAUGAGCGGCCGUGCAAGGUGA